CCGCCAAACAACCCUCGACUUCAGACAUCGUUCUUUCCAGUUGAUCCAUCUACAACUAUGGUCCUCGCAGCAGUCGGCCAGUUCUGCGCAACGUCAAAUGUCCUUGCCAACCUCGAGGCCUGCAAAACAAUCGUCACCCGCGCCGCAGCCCAAGGCGCAAAAGUCGUCUGCCUCCCUGAAGCGAGCGAUUACAUUGCCUCCAACGCUGAGGAAGGCCGGCGGCUCGUGGAAUCGAGGAAGACGAAUACGCUUUUGCAGGGGUUACAGGAGUCGGCUAAGGAACAUGGGGUGCAUGUUUCUGUUGGUAUUCACGAGAAGACGGACGAUCCGAAGCGGGUGUCAAAUGCGCAUGUUUGGCUUUACCCCGACGGCGACCACACGCAAAUCUACAGAAAACUACACCUCUACGACGUCGACAUCCCCAACGGCCCAAUCAUCAAGGAAUCCAACUCCACCGUCCCCGGUACGAAGCUCAUCCCGCCAUUCGAAACUCCAGUCGGGAAAGUUGGAAUGGCGAUCUGCUAUGAUAUGAGGUUUCCCGAGUUAGCGCUGAGGUUACGAAGUUUGGGAGCGUCUUGCCUGUUAUAUCCCUCUGCGUUCGCGGUACGGACUGGAGCUGCACAUUGGGAGACGCUGCUGCGUGCGCGGGCGAUAGAUACGCAGUGUUAUGUACUCGCAGCGGCGCAGGUGGGGAAACACGACAAAGAGGGGAAGAGGCAGAGUUAUGGACAUGCAAUGAUUGUGGAUCCGUGGGGAAGCGUCUUGGCACGGUGCCACGACGUGGACUCGGAGCCAACUUUCUGCGUCGCGGACAUAAGUGAGAAGCAUAUCGAGAGCAUUCGACGUAAUAUGCCGUUGUGGGAACAGCGAAGGACCGAUGUUUUUGGCGAAAGAGGGGGAUCCAAGGGAGACAAAUCGGGGGAUGAUUUUCCUACGGGGGAUUCGGAUCGUGGCGAAGAUUGAGCGAUGCGGCCAAUAAACAUGAUUACAAGGAGCACAGACUGCGUCGAGCAAAGAAGACGUAAUUGGCGUUAUAUACAGGGUUCUCUUAUUUAUACAAUGGUAUGUUAUGUGCAGACGCCGGGGACAUGCGCCGCGGCGUGAGAGCACGGAACCGGAGCUCAUUCGCGAGAAUGUCAUUACCUGAGGACCAGUUAGUUACAUUGGGGGUAUAGUCGAGUUCUAAAGUUAUGCGAAUCACGAGUGGGUAUGCGCAUCCGAAAAAAAAACUGGCAAAGGUCGAAACAAAAACCCUUCAUACUCGACAACCAAGGGCCUAGGAG